AUGGCGAGAGGCAGUGGUGGUGGUGGCGGUGAUGAUGAUGAUGAUGAUGAUGGUGGUGAUGAUGAUGAUGAUGAUGGUGGUGGUGGUGGUGGUGGUGGUGGUGGUGAUGAUGAUGAUGAUGAUGAUGAUGAUGAUGAUGAUGAUGAUGAUGAUGAUGAUGAUGAUGAUGAUGAUGAUGAUGAUGAUGAUGAUGAUGAUGAUGAUGAUGAUGAUGAUGAUGAUGAUGAUGAUGAUGAUGCAUCAGCAGGAGUGGCCAUCCACUGCUGGUCAUCGAAUACUAAGAGGACAGUCCGCCUGUUUCCUACUUCCGGCUUGAAGCCCAACGUCGGUGCCGCAACAUCUAGAAAUACCACAGACGCACACGCCAUUUUCUGGAGGGAAAACACGUCGCAGUACCGAGAGGCCCUCGUGUUCGGUUCAAAACCACCAGGCUUAAUAUGCUACUAA